AGCGGGUGAUGCUGGUCCCCACGGUGUGGCAAGCCGAGGCACAGGAUGGCUAUUUUAUAGCUGGGACCGCGGUGACGUAUAGCUGAGCGAGCUGGCACAGCUCCUCGUGGACCAGUCAGCGGAGCGAAAUUGAAGCUGACAAGACUUUUCUGGCAUUUUGGAAAGGACUGUAAUCUACUGUAGGGGAGAACAGAGCCGCUCAAUCACCGCCGCUGUAAAUAGGAGACGGAAGGGAGUGAGAAAGGAGGCGAAGAGAAAAAGUGCUUGCUGGGGGGGGAGGGGGGGCGGCAUUUUUGGUGGAUGGUAUGAAGCCAGCCAUGGAAACUGCAGCGGAGGAAAAUGCAGAACAAAGCCAAGAGAAAAAAGUGAUCACCAGACCAGAAAUGGAAAUUGGCAGGUACCACUGGAUGUACAGGAGUUCAAGGCCACACCGGUACCAUCAUGUGCCAGCAUUGAGAGGCAAUAUUAGUCCUUUGGGGAUUCAAGGUUGCUUUGAAUGUUGCAUUAAGUGCCUAGGAGGAGUGCCAUAUGCUUCGCUCGUGGCAACCAUUCUCUGCUUCUCGGGGGUAGCGUUGUUUUGUGGCUGUGGCCACGUGGCGCUCACGGGAACCGUGUCUAUCCUCGAGCAGCACUUCUCCACGACUGCCAGUGACCAUGCUUUGCUGAGUGAAGUAAUACAGCUAAUGCAGUAUGUAAUUUAUGGCAUUGCAUCAUUUUUCUUCUUAUAUGGAAUAAUCCUUUUGGCGGAAGGUUUUUAUACAACAAGUGCUGUGAAGGAGCUGCAUGGAGAGUUCAAAACAACAGCCUGUGGCCGCUGCAUCAGUGGAAUGUUUGUUUUCCUCACCUACGUGCUUGGAGUGGCCUGGCUCGGGGUCUUCGGCUUCUCUGCUGUGCCUGUCUUUAUGUUCUAUAACAUAUGGUCAACUUGUGAAGUCAUCAAAUCUUUUCAGGCCAAUGUGACGGUUCCAGGGGACCAGAUCUGCGUGGACAUCAGGCAAUACGGUAUUAUCCCUUGGAAUGCUGUACCUGGCAAAGCCUGUGGCCCAAUUUUAGAGAACAUCUGCAACACGAAUGAGUUCUACAUGUCUUAUCACCUGUUCAUUGUGGCUUGUGCUGGAGCUGGUGCCACUGUCAUAGCAUUGAUCCACUUCCUCAUGAUACUGUCUUCUAACUGGGCCUACUUAAAGGAUGCAAGCAAAAUGCAGGCCUACCAAGAUAUCAAAGCAAAAGAAGAGCAGGAGCUUCAGGAUAUCCAGUCUCGGUCAAAAGAGCAACUCAAUUCUUACACAUAAAUGUUUGCCACAGUAAUUCAGCAGAAGAGUUCUGUAGCUCUGACAAAUCAGCAAAUAGCUGCUCUGCAGUACAGAUGUGUGUCUAGCAAACAAAAUUAGAGAGAAGUGUAAAAGCUUCACAUUCCAGCUCCUGGAAAACUUUUUUAGGGAAAUUUUCCCAUUGGUAAUCUUCCAUCCUUUCUAACAGAGAAUGGAGGGUUUAUUCCAGGCAUUUUAAAAGGCAACACUUUACAAAAAGUGACCAAAUUACUCUUCUUUGAGACUUGGUACUUAAUAUUUGACCUGUUCUAGAGCAUGAUGCCUGAGCAGGCAGCAGAUCUGAGCGGGCCUCAGGCCCGUGCGCAGUGUGUGAUCGGCACCUCCCAGAGGAACCCGUGCCCAGCUGGGAUUUCCCAGAGGAGCGUGUGUGUGUGUGUGUGUGUGUGAUGGCACAGCUGCAGCACCUCCCAGGCUGCAGGGGGGCUGUCUGGGAGCACCCCACACCUGGGCCAUGGGAGCAGCUGCACUCCUGUGCCACACGCAGCCACGAGGAAGCCAUCACACCCCUGUGCUCACCUGAGGGUCGAGCAGAUCUCCCAAGUUCUAAUCUUUUUAUUAACUAUUUAAUGGAAUGUAGAUCCCUGGAUCUGGAUAAUGAUCCCCUUCUUUGAAAAUAAAUGUCAGCUUUGCCUUAAUAUUUAUUUUCUAUAAAUGUCUUAGCAUUUAUAUAGUGGCAGGAGACCAUUAUCCUACAUUUUAAGUAAGUGAAAGUGUUACCUUAUUAAAAUGACACUGAUCUGACUAUUCCAAAUGAGCAGAUGAGAAAGUUUGCAGAGUUUUACACAAACAAUAAAAUUUGCAGCCAUAAAAAUAAUACAGGAUGUCCACCUUUCUCUAUCUUGGUGCUUAGCAAAUUUAUAGUCAGUGCUUAUGUGUUUUCCUUUUUACAAAUUAAUUAGCACACUAAGAAAACGUGGUGUUCAGAGAAAACAACAACAAACAAACUGGUGCCAUUUUAAAGUCCAUUUCCCAUAGAAGUCUGCCUUCUAAUUAAUGUUUUUUUUCAGAAGCAUUCAGUGAUAUCUUGAGUAUUAGUGAUGGUAUAUUUGGUGUUUGUUCUAUAUGAUAUAUAUAUAUAUAUAUAUAAAUGUUGGGGGGGUGGGAAAGUAAAAAUACAUCAUUCAUUUGAAAAAAACCUAAAUAUUCAAGUCAUACCCCUGCUAAGCUGAUGUGUGGUUUGGUAGUUUUGACUGUUUGCUGAAUAUACAUCAAAGGAAGCACAAAGUCCUUCAAAUCAGUAUUAAGAGAAAAGAGAAAUUUUUGGGGGGGUAUUAACUUCAAAUAAAAUUUCUUUUGUUAAGUAUUGAAGUCUAAUUUGACAGUUUUGAAAAAGGGGCAAAGUUGAUUGAUGUAGAGCAAAUAUGACAAAAUAGCCUAGUGUAUGUUCUUACCUGUUGCAUGAAGGAGACAUUUCUACAGCAAUGCAGGUGAUGUUCUAGCCCAGUGUUUGCAUAAGGGUAAUAAUGGAGGCAGUGUCUUAAAGCCUAAUUCUUUUCUAAUUCAGUGUAGCUAUUACUGGGAGUUUUUGAAGUUUUGUUUAAGUAGUCUAAUAUUUUUAUGUAAAGAGCAUUAAAUUUUGCUAUGUAUAAAUUUUUGUAACCUAACAGUGAAUCAAUAUUUUCUAUCAGUGCCAAGGGCUUCCUGUAGUUACAUCCAAGUGUUAAAAUAAAUAUUUGUAGAUAAUAGACAACACUUGUGUACGCUUAUUUGAACCCAGACCUACAGCUGCUCCAUGGCAGUGCAUCUCUAGGCUUUAUGUUUCUACCUGAGGUGAAACACGUUCUGUUCCAGAGCUCCCUGCCCUCCUGCAUGAGGCAGGGCUGCCCUGCAGGUGCAGCUGCAGCAGCAGCUGUGUGCAGCAUGCAAUAGUGUAGUUGUUCCAGGCCAGCAUAAUGCAACAAGCACUGCCCCUUCCCAACAUCCAACAGGAGCAGUCACUCAGAAAUUCUGUAAAGGCCAGAGUGGCUG